GGGGACAAGAAUUGGGACAAUUUGAACGUUGUGGACUUUUUUUCUGAAAACGUGCAACGACAUUAUUUGAGUUCGGUCAUUAGCGAGAAAAGCUGGGUUUGCUCAUCAGUAGUGGAUUUGUGUGCAAGGGCACUAACAAUGUCCGAAAAACAUGAUGUGAAAGAGCCAAAUGUGUGGUAUUUGCCAAAUAUGUUUUCUAAAAUGGUACGCGCUAACAUGAAGACCAGACAAAUUCGUACCAAGUUGAUGCAUGAUGGCGUGGACUUUAUGCCGAAUGUCAGUGCAUGCCAGAAG